AUGGCACUUGAGAUUGAAGAACAUCCUGUUGAGUCACUCUCCUCAGGCCCCAAGCUAUGUGUUAAAAAUUUUGUUUGGUCAGAACACGAAUGGCCAUUGAUAAAUCACGAUGACUUUGCUGAUGGAGACGAUAUUCCAACGAUAAGUUUGGAGGGAAAUUUGAGUGGGAAGCCAUGCCAAGACUAUGACAAGGUGUGCCAAGUCAUGGUGACUGCUUGUGAGAAGUGGGGGUUCUUCAAGUUGGUGGAUCAUGGGGUUGCUAUAGAAACUGUGGAAAAUGUGAAAGUUCAGUUGAAUGAGCUUUUUGAUCUUCCAAUGGAUCAGAAGCUGAAAGGGGCUCGAUCCACAAGCUUGCCAUUGGGGUAUUGUGCCUCAAAUCCUGAGUAUGGACAAAAUCUACCAUGGGCAGAGAUCUUACAAUUGCUUCAAUCACCACAACAGGUUGUUGCCUUUGCAAGAAAGGUGUUUGGUGAUCAACAUCAGCCAUUUAGCAAUGCAAUGGUGAAGUACAUGCAAGCAUUGGACAAAUUAGGAAUGAAGAUUUUUGAAAUGUUGGCACAUGGAAUGGGGCUUCCUGAUGACUUCUUUACAAAGAAUUUUGAAGAGAAAGAGGCCACCAUGAUCAGGGUGAACAGAUACCCUCCUUGUCCCCUACCUGAGAAAUGUCUAGGGGUUGGGAGUCAUUCAGACCCCCAUACCCUAACAAUAUUGCUACAAGACGACGUGGGCGGUCUUCAGGUUUUGAAGAGUGACAACCAGUGGAUCGGAAUUCGUCCUGUCCCAAAUUCAUUUGUCAUCAACAUUGGCGACACCCUCGAAGCAUGGACUAAUGGGAGACUAAGGAGUGUAGUGCAUAGAGCAGUGGUGAAUAAGGAGAAGCACAGGCUAUCAGUGGCAUAUUUCCUCAGCCCCGCAACCUCUGCCAUCAUAGAUUGCCCUCCUCAGCUGAUAGAGUCAAGCACCAACCUCAGAAAGUAUGUGAGUUUCACUUGGGGAGAAUUCAGAAAGGAGCUUUUGACACAAAAGAGGGUUGUGGGUAAAACUGCCCUCAACAGAUAUCUCAUAUCUCCUUGA